AAUUCACUGGUACAAAUGAAAUUGAAAGCAUUGAAAAUAUUUCUACAGAGCCUAUUCUUGAGUCAGAACUAGAAGAGCUAAAUUCUACAAACUAUCUUUUGAUAACUUCAUCUAUAAAACUAUGUGUUGGAACCCAGUUUAAAUUAUGGGAUAUUGCUGAAUAUUAUUUGAAGGAAUAUGGAAGGUAA